AUGUCGAGCUACGAUAUCCCCGGUAGCAACUUCGGUUUAGCCGAACGGUCUAUCACCAACUUCGCCGAGCGCACUGCAGUGGCCUGCCUCAUCGGCGUAGCAUGGUAUAAUGCAUUAGAAUUGAUCGUUCUGUGCUUCACCACGUUCAAGCGGUAUGGCGGUUGCUACUUCUGGUGUCUGCUCAUCUCAUCCGUGGCCAUCAUACCCUUCGGCCUCGGAUAUCUCCUCAUCAUCUUCAACAUCUACAACAAUCUCUUCCCAGUAGCAAUGGAGCUCAUUGCCUGGGUGUGCAUGGUGACGGGCCAGUCCCUCGUGCUCUGGUCGCGAUUACACCUCAUCGUUCAAAAUCACACCGUCCUUCGCUGGACACUCGCCAUGAUCAUCGUCGAUGCGAUCGUCUUCCACAUCCCGGCCUCCAUCCUCGAACUCGGCUCCCAUUCCAACAAAUCGGCUCUCUUCACCCCGGCGUUCAAUAUCUUCGAGCGAAUACAACUGAUCGCAUUCUCAUUACAAGAAGUAGUACUUUCAGCAGUCUACUCUUAUGAAGCAGUGCGCCUCCUCAAUCUCCGCCCAAGGGGCCACUACCGCGGCACCCUGGUCCAGCUGCUGAUCGUCAACUUGGCCAUGAUCCUAAUGGAUGCCGCGGUGAUCGGAGUCCAGUAUUCUGGCCUCUUCGACAUCCACGUCACGCUCAAAGCAUUCGUAUACAGCGUCAAACUCAAACUAGAGUACGCUGUUCUCGGCAGACUGGUGAUCUUCACGGAAAUGUGCGGCAGCAGCUCACAACCCACCGACCUCUCGGAUUUCGUGGAUCUCUCUUUCCAUCCAAACCAAACUGCGGAUUGCGAUAGUCAGGCGCAUAUGAUUGCCACGCCCGAGUCUCCUCUGCCGCAGCGCCUAGAGGUCGCUCCCCAGAAAUCCUCCGACCCACGAAUAUCCGAAACAUCGGGUGGCCCCAGCUCGAGUAAUGAAGCUUUUUGA